GCUGCGUAGGAAGUUCAACUGGUGUCGGAUGUAACCUUCAUAAAAAUCGAAUUAAAUCGGCGAAAAACCAUGAAACGGCUGACUGAGAGAGUCCACCACGAGGACAUCGAGUCCGAGGAAGUGGUCUGGGUAAAGAGGGAGGAUGCCAGGUCUUCCAGCAAGCUGCCGAUUGUCUAUUCCAGAAAGUAUGCGGUGCGUUUCGCUGGCCUUGAACGCCUUCACCCAUUCGAUGCGGCCAAGGGCAAGCACAUUCAGAAGAUCCUAUGCACCAACCUGAAGCUGAAUGACGGCAGCUUCUACGAGCCCAAGGAGCUGACCAAAGAUCAACUGCGUCGCAUCCACACCCGCGACUACUUGAGGUCCCUCGAUUGGAGCAUGAACGUGGCCUGCAUUGCUGAAGUGCCGGUGAUGGCCUUUGUUCCAAAUCGAUUCAUCCAAAGCUCCUACCUUCGACCCAUGCGUUUCCAGGCCGCCGGCUCUAUUUUGGCCGGCAAAUUGGCCUUGGAUUAUGGCUGGGCCAUUAACCUGGGUGGAGGUUUCCACCACUGCUGCUCGUACCGAGGCGGCGGCUUCUGUCCGUAUGCGGACAUUUCGCUCCUCAUCAUUCGGUUGUUCGAGCAGGAGCCCUACCGUGUGCGCCGCAUUAUGAUCGUCGAUCUGGACGCCCACCAGGGCAACGGACACGAACGCGACUUCAGCAACGUGGCCGCCGUCUACAUACUGGACAUGUACAAUGCCUUUGUUUACCCAAAAGAUCACGCGGCCAAGCAGAGUAUCCGGUGUGCCGUCGAGUUGAGACACCACACCGAAGAUGCAUACUAUCUGCGUCAGCUCAACCGUUGCCUGAUGCAGUCCCUCGCAGAGUUUCGUCCGGAUGUGGUCAUUUAUAAUGCAGGGACGGAUGUUUUAAAGGGUGAUCCACUCGGCAACCUAGCCAUAACUCCGGAGGGCGUCGUAGAGCGGGAUCGUUUGGUGUUCAGCACGUUCCGCACACUAAGAAUUCCUGUCGUUAUGCUGCUAAGUGGAGGUUACUUGAAGGAGUCCGCCGGGGUCAUUGCCGAUUCCAUUGCCAAUCUCCGGCAACAGGGUUUGCUUGAUUAAAAUAAUAAAACGGCGAUUUUUGUAGAAGUAUUGUUAGGUGAAACAUUUGCCAAUUGUUGAAAGAUAGCUUCGCUAAAGGACUGGUGCAACUGAGAGCUGUGAAAGAAAUCAAGCAGACUGUUUGAUUUUAAGCAUACCAAAGAAAGGAAUUACGUUACUCUUUACACCUUAUCAAAAUUUAUUAAACUUAUUUAAUUUAGUCAUUCA